AUGGUCAUGGUGGGCCGUAUCGCCGAGCUAGGAACCACCUCACGCCACCCGACCGACACGACGGUAUUGGACGAGGUAUCGCGCUUCACUGCGUCGAGCGUUUUGCAGAUCACAUACGCCCGAAGGGCGGAGACUCCGGAUGAUCCAAUCUUGAGAGACCUGCGCAUGGUGUCGCAGAACAUCGCGAGCGCCUUCACGCCCGGCAAAUACUGGGUCGAGGACUUUCCGCUGCUGGACAAUUUCCCUACCUUUCUCUCGCCAUGGAAGAGGAAGCUGACCGCCGACCACCUUUUUGAGAUGGCACUAUUCGAACGCUUGCUUCACGGUGUGGAGGCCGGACUAAACGGGAGCCAGGGGGGAGGUGGCUCAAGCCACGACAAGCUGCGCGAGCAGACCGGAGGCAGUGUGAUAGCCCCCGAAUCGUGUGCCGCUGCCGACCUGCUUCGGAGCAAGCAGUUCCAGCUGGAUCGAGAGAGCAUCGCAUAUCUCGCGGCUGGCAUAUUCGAGGCCGGCACGGAGACGACAGCCAUGACUCUCAACACAUUCCUGUUGGCGGCAGCAUGCUACCCGGAAACGACAAGGCGGGCACAAGCAGAGAUCGAUGAUUAUAUGAGCAGUAAAGACAAUACUGGGGAGCUGGUCCCAACAUUUGAGGAUUUGCAUCAAUUGCCAUACCUUGGUGCAGUCGUGAAGGAGGCUCUGAGGCUGACUCCCACGGGCAGCUCUGGAGUUGGACAUACCCCCACAAAGCUGGAGCCAUAUUUUCUCGAUCUUGAUCGUGAUGGCGUUGGUGGCACAGACAAGCUUGCCUUACCCCCAGGGGCUACCGUCUUGGCCAACACUUACGGCCUGCAUCACGACCACGACCGGUACCCAGACCCCUGGCGUUUCGACCCGGGCCGAUGGAUUGCUCCGGUAGACUCGGACCAGGAGUCUCCUCCACCAGGCGGGGAGAAGUGUUCGCCAUCUAGCCACUCCCUCGACUACACCCACGCAAACUUCGCCUUCGGUUUCGGGCGAAGGAUUUGCCCGGGCUCGUCACUAGCCUCACACUCCCUGUCGAUGGCCAUCGCGCUCCUCCUGCUGUGCUUCGACUUCGAGCUGACGGACCGCGCAGAGGCCCACCGCCACGGCGUGGAGAAGCAGGACCGGGAGGAGUUUAGGAGGUGGGCCGAGCUGUUCCCCGGCGUCGGGGGCGGGGCCCAGGCUGCGAUGCACCGGGAGCGGGAGUCCAAGUUGGACCACCAAGACGAGGGGGACCGCAUCGGAAGGGGACUCAUUGACGCUUACAUCGCGUUCACGUUGUCCAGGGAGCAGUUGGCGGAGUGCAUCCGUCUGGAGCCUCGGAAGGGGAGGCCGUGGCUGAAGGCUGUUGGCGAUGUCCUGGCGUCGACUUACAGCCAAUGA